AUGUGCGAGUGCUGGUAUCAUGCCGAACUGAGCCAGACAAGUGCUGAGCAGUUAUUGAUCCGCGAUGGAAGGGACGGAGCGUUCCUUGUGCGUCAGAGCGAGUCUGUGCCCGGAGCAUACGCCAUCUGCCUCCUGUACCUCCAGCAGGUCCACACGUACCGCGUGUUGCCUGAUGACAAGGGACUGCUCUCCGUUCAGUCGGUCCACGGGGUCGAUGUCAGAAGAUUCUUCGGACUCAGUAACCUGAUCUCAGCCUACAGACGGCGGGGGAACGGACUCAUCUCCGCUCUACAUUUCCCUGUCAGUGCCGAGACGGCGUCCCGAGAUGUACAAUGUGAUGACGACGUCUACAAAUGCUCGUGCUGGAAGGACGUCCCUUUCACAGACCCCAAUAGACUCUUAAAGCUAAGGGGUGUGGCUAACACUUCCCACAAUGCAUUUCUUCAGGAAGGCGGCCCACUGAGCGCAGAACUAGACAGCGAGUGCUCACGAUUGGACAGGGAAAUUACAGCGACGUGGAGCAGCCUGAGGAUCCUCGUCCAGCUCUUCGGUCUUAUGUCUAUAGUUCAUGUUCAAGACAAUGAGCAGAUCUCUGCUGUGGACAAACUCAUCCAUAAAGUGUCAGACGUUCUGCAGCUGCUGUCCAGCUUGGAGAAGAGGGUCGCCAAGACCUUGCAGGACUGUUUUCUUUCCUCUUCCGCGGCUCUCAGUGAUGGGUCUCCCAGGGUGCCGUCAGGAACUGGUUCUGGUGACAAGGGGUUCAGGAGAAAUGAGCAACAAGUAAGUGAAGGAUCGGUGGAUUUCGGCCACUUUGGUUUUCGAGUGGCCCACCUGAGGUCGAUCCUCCUGUGCAAGGGACUAACGCUCAAUGUCUUUCAGGUGAAGCCGGGGGAGAACAACGUUCCCAGGAGAAGCGCCCCACAAAAUCUUUCUGUCUUCAUUGGCACUUGGAAUAUGGGUGGCGCCCCCCCGCCUCGCUCCCUUGUCUCCUGGUUGUCUGCCAAAAAGCUGAAGGGGAGUCUAGAUGACGGUGCAUCAUGUGACCACCCUGACCUGUAUAUGAUUGGAACUCAGGAAAACCCACAAGGAGAUCGGGAAUGGGCAGAAUAUCUCAGGGCGGCGCUGGCAUCGCACACGUCGAAGAAUUAUAAAGUGGUCUCCUCACAUUCUUUUGGGGGAAUCAAACUCAUGUCAUUGGUGAAAGAAGAAUAUGAAGAUCUGGUGUCUCAUGUGCAGAGCUCGUCUGUGAGGACGGGAAUCAGUAACACGCUCGGUGUCCGAGGAGCUGUUGGGGUUUCACUUGAGUUUGAUGGGACAUCCUUAGGUUUUGUCACUUGUCACCUCGUAUCUGGAACGGAGAAAGUGCAAAAGAGGAAUCAGAGUUACGGGGAGAUCCUGCGAGGUUUGGUCCUGGGAGACGAGGCUUUACGGGGCUUCCAGCUGCCUCUGAGACUCACCUAUCUGUUUUGGGCCGGAGACUUGAACUAUAAGCUCGAUAUGCCCGUUGUACACCAACGUCUCCUUCCUGUAGAUCAGCUGAACCAGGAACGCGAGAAGAAGAAAGUCUUCCUAGGCUUCAGAGAGGAACCAAUCACCUUUCCUCCCACCAGCCGCUACGAGCGAGGUUCUCGAACAUAUGAUCUGCAGAAGGCCAAGACAAGUGGAACUCGUAUAGUUGGACCUACUUGGAGUGAUCGUAUACUAUGGGCAUGUUACCCGGACACUGACGUUAAAUGCACCUCAUAUGGUUGUGUUGAUGAUAUUGUGAGCAGUGAUCACGCCCCAGUUUUUGCCACGUUUGAGAUUGGUCUGAAUUUUGCAUCCCGGAGAGAUUGCAGUUAUACACUCAAAUUUCUACACAUCGAGUCCAUUGUUAAAACCCCGAGCCGAUCGAGAGCGUGUAUAGAGUUCAGAUCUUUGUGCUUAAAAGAGUGUCCACAAAGUAAUGUGAACAGUGCACACAGUACAGAGGGAUCUGCCUUUCUCAAGCUGGGCUGGUCAGAGCAAGACUUACCAGAGAUAACAUUGGUUGCAGGAGACACAUUUACUGGACACUUGCUUCUUACUAUCCGACCAACGGAUGGAGGAGAAUCUUUUGGUGAAUGUUGUGUGUCGGUGCUUCCAACCACCAACAGCACUACUGAUCAUCAGUUUCAAGUGUCUCUGUCACAACGUGGAGAGGAAACGGGGUCCUUGAGAGGCAAAGUGAGAGUGACCCAAUAUCCAAAAGUGAACCCCGACAGGAGCCCCAGCAUGAUCAAUAGAGAAUUGGAGAAAGUUAUGGAGAAUACCACCAAGAAAUCAUGUCCUCCAGCUUCUCCUCAUGAACCCACCUCAUCGAGGUCCUCUAGGCGUUCAGGCAGGAGACGACCCGCCAGCAUAUGUUGUGGCAGCUACAGUAACGCUGAGUACUUCCUCUUUGAGGGCUUGAGUUCCCCGUCCACCCCGAUAUCCCCCCGGCCUCGGUCAGCGCUGGUGAGCGGCGAGCAGACGGCGGACCGCGCAGAGACAAUGUUCAGGACUGAAUUGGGGAGGAAGCCAACUUCACCGCACUGUAUGAGGAACACCUCCAAACCUGGCCGCACCGAUGUGAUGUCACCGAUGUGA